UCUUUUCCCUUUUGUUUUCUUCAACAAAAUCAAAUGGCGUUUCUUUCAGGUUUUCCGGUUUAGGAGAUCCAUCGGAACAAUCUCUGAACUACUCUGAAUCUCCUGGUGGGAUCCACCGAAACCCUCUCUAAGCCGCCGCCGCCGCCGCCGUCGCCAUCUCCACCCCGAUUUAACCCACCAGCCGUUGUCCUCUGAAUUUUUCUCUCCUUUUUCCGUUUUCCAUCUGAAAUGGUGAAAGCUUUGCCUCUUCACCUCGGAAGCGUGAAAAUUUUCCCCAAAUUCGACAGUUCUUAUGAUCUUCCUUCGCUUCCCCUGCUCCCGCCCGCGAGGCUCCCCGCCUAUGGUUUCAACAAGCUUUCUCUGUCUCGAAAAUUUCCGCCGCUUUCCCAGAAAGUUUAUGUGACUGAUGAGAAGGUUUCUCUGCUCGGAGCUAGGACGCAAGAGAGUUCCCUGCAAUUUCGAGAUGAAUCGCCUGUUUCGAUGGAGCUCCAGUCCAUUAGCAGCGAACUUGAAUUCGAUCAGGCUAUUGCAGAUGCGGAGGAACACAACGGGCUCGUGAUUCUUGUAUGGAUGGCUAACUGGUGCAGAAAUUAUAUUUAUUUGAUACCCCAAUUGGAAAGAUUGGCUGCUGAUUAUUACCCCAGAUUGCAGUUCUACUGCAUUGAUGUCAAUAUGGUGCCACACAAGCUAGUUGUUCGUGUCGGAUUAGCUAAGAUGCCAGCUAUUCAGCUAUGGAAGGAUGGUAAGAAACAAGACGAGGUGAUUGGUCUCUACAAAGCAUAUUUAGUUGUCAACGACGUUCAGAAAAUGAUCGAACGUGAGCUAACAGAAUCCAUCAAUUUCAAACAAUUUAGAGUCUAGGUCGCAAGCCCACUUUUAGUACCUGUUAAGCCGUCCUUCUACUCUUGAAGCAUUACCAUGAAUGGGCCUCCAAUCGUGGUUCGAAUGCCACUUCCAGAAUCCUCGGGACUUUUGUUCAUUAUCUCCAUCCCAAUGUGGGGGUCCAAUGGUGGUCGAAUGCCAAGGGAGCGGAAUACUGUUGGGGCAUUAUCAUGAAUGGAAGGUAAACUGGUAUGAUUUUACUGUGAAACCCUAAUUUUCGGAUUUCUCGUAGUAAUACGUAAUCACAUAACAUAUCUCUUGAGUCUAUAAAGUUUUUGGAGUUCUAAGUAAUCUUUAGUUUUAGAUGCAGUUUCGGAUGUUAUUUGAUGCUUCUAUGCGCCUACAAUUGGUUUGAUGUUUAAACAUUCAAUGAGUUGUCUUAUAAUGAUAAUUAUUGCAAAAUAUUGGUGGCCUGAGUACAAUAAUUGUCCAUAUAUAACGGUUGUCCUGUGAGAAUCCAAAAUAAUGGUUGCUUGAGAUAUUGAUUGUCUUGGAAGGAUAAUUGUUGCUAAAUAUUGGUAACCUUGGUAGGAUAAUUUUCUAGACAUAAUGAUUGCCUUGAUAGAAUUCAAAGUAAUGGUUGCGUUGCAUUGAUACACUAGCUGUCCGGUACACUAGCUGUUUGGACACAACAGUUGCCUUGGUACACUAGCUGUUCGGACACAAUGGUUGCC